AUGAAGCUCUGUGGCACCAGUAUGAGUGAGAAUGGGCUCUCGCAGCGGCCCUGCCUCAGCCCCUGCUGUCUGCAGACCACUGGACUGCACAACCACCUGCAGCCGUGGGUCAAGCCCCCUGCUCCUGCUCUGGCCUCCAGCCCCACUGCAGUGAUGCGACAGCGGGGCAGCGGGGCCCUGGCUGCCACCUGCAACAGCCCGGGCUGUGUGGUCUCCAGGCUGGGGGAGGAGGCAGCUGUGGCUCGACCCUCACCCCCAGGAAAGGUGCUGGUGACUGGGGGAGCGGGAUACUUUGGCUUCAGACUGGUCAAAGCUUUGGCAGCUCAAGGGAUGACUGUUGCACUUCUAGACAUGAACAAACCAACUGGAGAUCUCCCAGAAGAUACGCAGUUUAUCCAGGUGAAUGAUCGCCCAGAGCAGCAGCUGCUGGGUCACUCAGGGUGGAGACACAUUCUUCAGGUUUCACCUGCAGAACUCACUCUCAUCUUAAUUAUCACUGUGCAUUCAUUAGAGAGUGACUGCCUGUCCCUGAGCCUGGCUGGGACACAGACAGUUUGUAAAGAGCGCAGUAUUCCCCGGCUGGUCUACACUAGCACUGUUAAUGUGGUGUUUGAUGGUAAACCUAUAGAGGAUGGGAAUGAGACCUCUGUGCCGUAUGUGCCUCCUGAGAUGCACAUAGACCACUACUCCAGGACGAAGUCUGUUGCAGAGCAGAUGGUCCUCUCAGCCAAUGGAUGCUCACUACAAGGCGGUGAGCUGCUCCGAACCUGUGUGCUCCGGCCGUGUGGCAUCUACGGCCCAGAGGAGCGGAGGCAUCUUCACCGAGUUAUGGUGAACGUGGAGCGCCGCUUGUUCAGUUUUCGUUUCGGAAACUCUCAGGCCAAGAUGAACUGGGUGCAUGUGGACAACCUGGUGCUGGCCCACACUCUGGCCUCAGAGGCUCUGACUCCACAGAGGAACUGUGUCGCUAGUGGACAUGUAUAUUUUAUUAAUGAUGGCAUAUCAUUCAAUAUCUUCGAGUGGUUUGAACCAUUGUUUAAAAAGCUUGGUUAUGGCAAGCCUUUGAUAAAACUGCCUUUCUCACUCGUCUACGCGGCAGCAAUCCUUGUGGAAUGUUUACAUGUUGUCCUGAGACCUGUGCUGAACGUGCCUCUGCUUUUCACACGGAAUGAGGUGAGGAACAUCGCAGUGACCCACACGUUCAAGAUCGACAAGGCGCGUGCGGAGCUGGGAUACUGCCCAAAGCCGUACAGCCUGGAGGACUCGGUGGAGGAGUACGUGAAGUCCAGGCUGACCCCGUCCUCUGGCUCUGGCCUCACUCAGCGACACGUCCUCCUCCUGACCGUACUGGGCCUCAUGCUGCUGAUCUGCUGCUGGAUCCUCUGUCAGGCUGAAGGAGGAGCUGGUCCAUACAAGUUCAAAUGA